AUGGAACCUACAGGGCCAUUAGAGCAAGUUCCACUGUCCCGCAAACUCAGCAACCUCUCUGUUAUCUCUUCAUCCACAGCGACGUCCUUGUAUCGGUCAUCUUCACACCAGUAUCAUCUCGAAAACAUUCCGGACGAUGUACUUCGCGAAAUCGCAAAUUGGUGUAGUCCAGCGACCAAUCUGCGCGUUUCGUUAGCUUGUAAACGACUCGCGAUUUUGUUCCGACCAUAUCUAUACAACUCGGUCGAUCUGGCGUAUACAGACUUGUGUCGUGCGGGGCUUAAAGUGUUUUCUCAACGGCCAACGCUGACACGCUAUAUUAAAAUCCUCAUACUCAAACCGAAUCGUAAUUCGGGCUGGACUAAAAGUCUGGACAAGAGCAUCGAUGAAGUUUGGAUCAUUGACGUUCUUCAAAACAUCGCAUCCCAGGGUGAUCUGCCUUUAUUGACAACAUUCAAGUGGUACGGGAAGGAGUUACCCAAAGAUUCCUUUUGGCUGACUCUGCGAACACAUUGUCCGGAUCUACGAAAUAUCGGCACUUCAGUUGGCCAGAAAACAUUGCAGGCCUUCAAAUCGAACGACCAUCUCUUUGCGUUCCGAAACCUCACCGGAUUCCAUCUAUUUACUCAAGUGUUGGAACGUUGGACAAUGUUCAACUACCAGAUGGAGCGGGAUCUACCUGAGACGUUGUGGGAAAUGCUGUUUGACAGUCAAGCACUAGAAGAGCUUACACUCGACGGAACAUGCUUCUCCGAUGCCAACGCUUGGAACUUGAAGCCCGUAUUUUCCGGACGAUGGCCUGGCCUUCGCAGAUUAGCUUUGGGCAACGUGUUUUACGACGACAGCACCGACAAUGAUGACUCCGUAUGUAAGUUUCUGCAGGAACAUUCGAAUCUAGAGCAAAUAUCGUCCUUGGGGAACAUGUCUUAUUCUCCGACCGCGAUGGCGUGUCUCGUUUCGCUACCAAAACUCCAGACCUAUCGAGGAAGAUUGCAGCAGCUUCAAGAUGGUGGCGAACUGACACAGAUACGGAAUAUAAUUCUAACAGAUUGGUUUAGCCCUUCUGCUAAUUUCGGUGACAUAUUGGGGGAUCUACAUCACUUGGAAUCACUCACUGUCUGCGUGAACUUCGUCGACAAUGUCCAUUCACAGCUUGGUUUCUACGAUAGGCUACUUGAGCAGUGUUCGCAAUUGAAGUAUCUGGAAAUAUCUUCCACUUCAUGGUUAUCCCUACGAAAGCUUUCAAGCGGUCUCCGGCUUGUCCCAGAUCUUCGCACUCUAACAGUCACGCGAGUACACAAAAUGAACAGUAACAAUCUAACCAAAAGCGCGCUACAUAUCGCUUCUCAAAAUAUCAAUCUACGCGAGUUCACGAUUCGGGAUGUACCAGUUUGGGAUCACCUUGAUCAGCUGAGUGGUGUUUUCCGUACAAAGCACUUGGGGCACUAUACUGUUCAACAUGAACAUGGAGAGCGCAUUUUGAGUGUCCAAGAGGUCGGGGUUGGUGCGCUAAGGCAGCUCUAUCAUCGGUCCUUUAGCCGAUUAAUUGAAGAUACCCAGCACCUUUGA